AGAACACACAAAAAAGAAGAAAAAAAAAAGUAGAAAAAAGAAUCUUUUGCAUUCGACUGGAAUGGCGAAGAAGAAGGAAGGGCUGGGUUGGAUCGAAUGGCUGAGAGGAUGGAUGUACGUGAUCUACGAGAUGCUUUUCCAGAGGAUAAUGGCGAGUCACCUUCAGAACCCAUUAGAACUGCCGCCCUUGACCGACUUCACCUGCGUCGUGACCGGCUCCACCAGCGGCAUCGGGAAGGAGAUCGCCAGGCAAUUGGCCGAAGCCGGCGCGCACGUCGUGAUGGCCGUGAGGAAUCCAAAGGCAGCUCAUGAGUUGAUUAAUCAGUGGUCUGCCUCUUGGCAUGGGCUCCCUUUGAACAUCGAGGUCAUGGAACUUGAUCUUCUAUCCUUGGAUUCUGUAGUAAGUUUUGCUAAUGCCUGGAAUGCUCGUCCUGGACCAUUGCACGUUCUCAUUAAUAAUGCCGGGAUUUUUUCAAUUGGAGAACCCCAGAAGUUUUCAAAGGAUGGGUAUGAGGCACACAUGCAAGUGAAUCACCUGGCUCCAGCACUGCUCUCAGUAUUGCUUUUGCCUUCCCUAAUUAAAGGAUCUCCAAGUCGAAUCAUUAAUGUCAAUUCCGUUAUGCAUUAUGUUGGCUUCGUUGAUACAGAAGACAUGAAUGCUGUUAAUGGGAAAAGAAAAUACUCAAGCCUGUUGGGAUAUACUAGCAGCAAGCUAGCACAGGUUAUGUUUAGCAGUGUCCUCCACAAACGGCUACCUGUUGAGGCUGGUGUUAAUGUUGUGUGUGCAUCACCUGGAAUUGUCCACACAAAUGUUGCUCGGGAUCUUCCCAGAAUUGUUCAAGUUGGUUAUCAUCUAAUACCCUAUUUCUUCAGUCCUCAGGAGGGUUCUAGGAGUGCUCUCUUCUCGGCAACAGAUCCCCAGAUUCCAGAGUACUGUGAGUUGUUAAAAGCCGAUGAGUGGCCUGUUUGCGCAUUCAUCUCCCAAGAUUGCCGUCCUACGAAUCCUUCUGAAGAAGCACACAGUGUCGAGACUUCAUUAGAAGUGUGGGGAGAAGACAUUGGAGAUGAUCGGCCUUCCUUCAGAUGCUGUGGAGAAACUCAUUGAAGGUAAGGAAGUCAAAUGUCGAUACGGCACUCAAAAUGACUAGUUUUCACGGAAAAAGUACGUUUCCUAGGGACAUUGAUCUCCAUUCUGAACGUCCAUUUUAUAAAUGAGAUUACUAAAUGAUGGCCAUUCGAUUUGUGAUGAAAUGUUAGAGCUUACAUCAUUUUAUUUGGUGCCAUUUUUCGGGUACUAUUAUCGUAAUGAUUUUCAUGCUUGUCCUCAUGAAAGUAUGCUCCUGUAACGUGUUUGAUGCGCGAUGGACUGUUUCGGAAUUAUUUAGGAUUCAGUUGAACCUUGGAUGUAACAUUUUACUCCAAGUAGUUAUGUUCUCUCCUAAUAGACUAAUUUAUAAAUACGGAUGAGUGAAGAACUCUAGCUGUUUCUGAA